AUGAGCAGCAGCAGCAGCAGCAGCGAUUCGCCUUUCAGUGAUGACAUUUUAAUGGAGAUUCUAAUUUGCUUGCCACUCAAAUCGGUUAUCAGAUGCAAGUGUAUAUCAAAGAGGUGGAACCAUCUUAUCUCCCAACCUUGCUUCCGUAUCUGUUACUACGACAGAAUAAGAAGAAGCAGCAUUCGCCACUUGCCCUUGGGCUUCUUCCAAACCCCAUCAUUUGAAAUCCUUCCGGGUGCCAAGAUUCCACUAUUGAAAUUCUCGGCAACACCACCAUCACCACAAGCAAAAGAAGAAGAAGAAACAGAAGGUGUUGAUACUAAAAGUUUGGAAUCAUCUCAACAAAUUCUAAACUUGCUUGGCAACAUCAUCUGUUCUUCCAAUGGCCUUUUUCUAUGCAGUCAUAAUAACCCUAGAAGGACCCAUUACAUAUUCAACCCUCUCACCAAAGAGUGUUACCGACUUCCUCCUCUUCCUCGUAAACAACGGCAAUCGAUCAUGGGUUUCGUCGUCGAUAGUACUUCAUUAUUAUCUUCAUCAAUUCGAUACAAAGUGGUAAGUGCAGACAUUGGCACUGAUAGCCAUGGACACACCAUUGGGAUGGAGACUUUCUCUUCCGAGACGUGCAAAUGGAGGCAAUCCACAGUAUCUAUCAUUGGGAGUUAUAGACCCUUUUGUUGGUACACAUCAACCUCAUCAACGAUAGGAGGAGGCAUUCACUGGAUGGAUUAUGAAUUUAACAACAUUGGAGUGUACCAUCCUUUUAAGGAGGAUGAUGAGCUUGAGAUGAUUAAACCUCCUCAUUCUCUAUCUUUCAUACCCUGUCUCUUGGGGGAGUCUACUGACGGCCUACUCCAGUUAGCAGCAUUCGAUUAUUUUGGUACCUUCAUUAAGGUAUGGAUUUUUUAUUCAAACAAGGAGAAGGAGAAUCAACAUUGGUCGAUGAUACAUGAGGUCAAAGUCAAUUCAAUACAAAGAAAUUUUGAUUCUCAAUUCAAUAUUCCCUAUUUAAUUCCACUGGCGUUCCAUCCGCAUAACCCUGAAGCUUUGUUUGUCGCUUGCUCUGGUUACAUAUUCCUCUUUCACCUCAACGCCACUACUACUCCAAGUUUGGAAAAAGUUCAGUACAUCCAUAACUACUGUGGUUCCAAUGAUGGUUACUAUGGUGAAAUCGUAGCCCAAUUUCGACUACAUCCAUACUUUUUACCACUUUGGCCCAUCUCUCCUCACCCACCAACUGUCACAAAGAACAAAGGCCCAUCUAUCAUCACCCAAUUGCAGUAUAUCUUCCGCUCCUAUGCAUCUUCCUAUUAUCGUUAA